UCCUCCCCCACCUCCUCCCACUCCCCAGCCCCCGUCACCUCCGCCCUCUGUACCUCCGACGUUUCCACAUGGGUUGAAAUUGGGAGGACCCACCUCCCAACCGGCCGGGUUCCCUCAACCUUCGACUUCAGCAAGGUUACUUUCCCCACCUCUUACACAACGUGUUCCAGUUCCAAUAUCAACACCGCCUACAAGUCAUGUUUUGAUACAACAAAGCGCUGGUCACAGUGUCCAAUACGUGCAUUCAAGUUCUUUCUCCUCGCCUCCAACGUCAUCAGCUCGAAAAGUUUCCCUCGUCCCAGGUAACAUGAUGCCUCAGUCCGGCCCCGCGUCCACAGCGGCGAGGUCUCAAGGAGAACCACAGGUAAUCUUCACAGCCGCUCCUUUGGUGUCAUCACCUCCGUCUCUUGCAACUUCAGCACCUGUUGUCGAGCCCGUGCCUUUCCCGCGUCUUGCUCUUCGCCCAAUAAAGUUAACUCCACCAGAUACUCCUAGUCCCCCUCCUCCACCUCCUCCUCCUCCACCUCCACCACCUCCUUCGUCAUCUUCUUCUAUGAAAAUAAUGCCAAAUAAUGCUCCUCAUCAUCACUAUCAUCUACAUCAUCAUCAUCACCACCAUCACUAUCACCUGCACCACUAUAGCUCUCAACCCUCCUUAACUGAACCAUCGACCACGAGCUCUGCUUCUGCCCUAGCCCUCGUGCCCCCAUCUACAUCCGCCAUGACCAGCACCGCGAAGAUGCCUCCUGUAAUCCACAGAAAUGUCUUAUUGUGCACGACCAUCUCGCCUGAGCAUCACUACAACACUCUAACUACAAGUACAGCCAAGGACCACGAUGAUGUAAGUACUACGGGUCAACAGUUUGUCACUCCUCACCCUGGAGGCAUGGAACAUCGGCCUUCAGAAGGAUUCCUGGGAGCGAUGACGAGUCAAACUCUCCAGCCUGAGCAACGAACAAUUCCCAUUUUCAAUCGAUCACAAUUGUUAAAACUGAACGAACAGCAGCAAAGACAUCAAGGACAAGAGCAGAUCCAUCUGCAACAAAUGCGUAUCAUGCAUGAGCAGGAGCGCGAAGAACAGAAUCAACGGCAGAUUCUACUUCAACGUCAAAAGCACAAAGAAGAGCUUCAACGGAGAUUUCAGCAGCAACAACAGUACAUGCAUCAGCAACAACAUCAACAACAACCGCAACAUUCUCAGCAACUGCAACAAGAUCAACAACAUCACCUAGACGAUGGCUUCGAGGAGCAGCAUUCACUUGAAGCUUCGGCGAUAGUAAGGCCCAAAGAUAGAACUCACAGUGACGAUAAUCCACCAAGCCUCAUGGCUUGGGCUCGUCCUUCACAACACUUACCGUUAGACUCACCAGAAGCUCAACCAUCAGCUAGUUACUCCUCUAAUUUGUUUAGACCUACCUCGCCUGACGUCGAAAUUCGGUCUCCAGGAAGACGGUUUCCGCCAUCCGAGAGUCAGGAUGAAGACUUCGAGAGCGAGCUACACCAACAGCAUCUGUUGAACCAGCACCAGCAGCAGAAGCUUCAACUGCAGGAGCUAAGACUUCAACAACAACACAAAGAGUGGCUACAAAGAAGACAAGGACAACCUCAACAAAAUCUACAAGCCUCCUCAUACUACAACAUUUUGGAAUACCAAAACGAACAAAGGAUGAGGUCCCAAUUUUCUCAAAAUACCCUUUGAGCUUGCAGAGAAGUUGUACGUCAAGGAGCAAUGCAUGUUAUACUCACACUCACCACAUCUGGUAAUAUCAGUCUAGGUAUUGUUGUUAUAUUGUUGUAGUUGUUGAACAUUGUUGUUAAUAUAUUGUUGUUUACUGAAUAUAGAGAUAUUUUCGCUCUCAUCAUUCGGGCGCGUGACUCCAGUUUGCAAAUGAAAAAAUGACAAAUUAUCUUGUGGUUUUAAAAGAGCUUCGAAAAAUCAGAAGUGACUUCAAGGCUCUCGCCUGUGAAUUGACUCAUCUGCCAGUGAGUCUGUAAAUUGACAUCUUUUUCGAAGAAAAAACAGCACUGCCAUUUAGAAAGGACGAGGAGUCACAAGACAACGAGAAGAAAACAACAGUGAGCGUCGGAAGAUUGAGAAGACACUCGCCGUAGGUAAGCAUUAAUUCUGUCGUCAAAUUCUUGAACAUCGUAUAAUGUUUUGAAAGCAGCGAAUAGUGAUCUCUAUUUUCCUUACCGUAUAGAUAUGGUAUAAACUCAUUAUCUCAGCUUAAGAGAGAUUUUGAGCUUAUAUUUUGUAUCGUGUAUGCAUGGAGUUUUUUACAACGUACCAAACGCAAGAGACUGAAUUCCAACAGCUUGUAGAAUGUUACGCCUUAUGAAAUCCUGUAAAUUGUGACUCCUGGUUCGCUAAGAAGAUUGACCAUCCUUAAAUGUAGUCUCAAACGUUUCCUUUCGCUUAUUUGCGAUCCCAGACUCAAUGAUUUCAAAGAUUCCUCCUGAACACAAACAAAUACUGAAAGUUACUGAUCCACAUUAGAAAAUUUAGGGCACAACUAAUGUAAAUACUACAGUACUCGGGGACGGUCGGGGCGAUAUAUGUCGUCUGUGUAAAUAGCUACGGGAGAGCCGGUCUCCUCAGUCGGUGGAAAUUGUGCAGACCUUCUCUUGCGCGCGCGAAGCCUGCAAAUCGAGUGUCAAGAAUAUAAUAAUCCUUCAAAUAUCUAUUCGUAUAACGAAUAAAAUAAGCUCCUAAAGUAAUUUACAGACUAAAUCGAACAAUAAAUAUGUAUACAAUAAAUUUUUUUAUUGAUCUCGACUGCAAACUUUAGAGCUCGACGGUAUUCUGCCUCAGGCAAGCAUCAGGAGAAGAAUUUGGUGGCAAAUUUUGCGCAGCGUUAAAGCAUGUGAUCUAAAUAUGGUAUAAGGAAGGAGUCCCACGCACAACCUCCUUCGCAAUAAGUUAUUCCUAACUUUUAUUUUUAGAUGAAACUAAAAUAGGAUAUAAGUUGGUUGAUUAAUUCACCUCAAUUUAAAUCUAGUCCUAGAUUUAAUCAUCGAAUAAAUCGUUUUACAUCUGGUCAAUGAUAAGGGAGAAACCUUGCGAAAUGAUUUAAAAAAAUUUAGUGAUGAAAUCAGUGAAUCGCAAUCUGCGUUGAAAAAAAUUGUCCAGAGUGUUAAUGAUGUUACGUAAUCAGAUUUAAUUAAUAAUUCUAAGAAAAUAUGAACAUUCAAUCUGAAUAUAGUUCAAUAUUUAAUUCGAGAUUAAAAUAUGAUAUCGUUAUUUAUAGAAUAUCAAUGCACUGUAAUGCGUU